AAAUGAAAGUUAUCAACUUAAUUUCAUGUCGACUUUACAAGAUGAAGAAGGAAGAGUAUCUUCGGAGGAUACUAUAAAUUUAAUUCAUAAGUCUUGUAUUACACCGUCAUCGUCGGAACGCAAUUCUAUCAGCGAAACUAUAAAUUUCGCGAGAAAGUUAACUGGAAUGAUCUGA